GACGCGGUGUGACGGGACGCAGAGUGGGACCCUCUCCGAGCCGACACCGGCGCCAGAAUGACUCCUCUGGCCCUCCUCUGUCUCCUCCUGACCCUGGGCUCGGGGACGGCCCGUCCGGACGGACGACUGCUGUAUGCCGCCACCUCCGGCCCCGCGGCAGCUGCCCCCUCUCUGGAGCAGGCGGCAGACACCGCGGGCCCCUCCGGCCCCGUGGGAGCUGCCCCCUCUCUGGAGCAGACGGCAGACACGGCGGGCUCCUCCGCCGCGCGCGGGGCACACACCGACACCGGUCUGACACCGGAUGGAGGUCGGCCGGCAGCGGCUUCAGAGUCUCCGGCGGGUGAGGCAGACGACGACCGAGGCUCGGCUGCCCCGCGGCAGGGUCAGGACUCGGGCGAGCUCGGCGCUGACGCGUCCGGCGCUGACAGCGGUGAGGACGGCGGUGUGGACCCGCUGAGCGGGGGAGCGGCGGCCGCAGGGAGCCAGGGUGACUUGGUGGACGACAUGGGCCGACAGGAGGACGGCGGAGUGGAGGGUGAGCAAAUGGACGAUAGCGAAGGUGACGGUGCUGACGGAGGUGACGACUAUGACGCUGGUGGUGACGAAGACCACAAGGCCGGCAGUGAAAACGAUACUGAUGAUGGUGAUGACGAUGACGACGACGAUGGCAAUGAUGCUGCCGAUGAUGAUCAAGACGACGAUGAUGAGUUUGAUGAAGAUGAUGAUUCUGAGGAUUAUGAUGAAGAGGAGGAAAAGGAGGAUGAGGGUGAUGAUGAAGAUGAUGAGGAUGAAGAGCAGGAGGAGGAUGAGGACGAUUAUGAGGAUAAGGAUGAGGAUGAUGAGGAGGAUGAGGAUGAGGAUGAUGAGGAUGAGGAUGACGAGGAGGAAGAAGAUGACGGUGAGGAGGAUUAUGAGGAUGAGGAUGAUGAGGAUGAUGAAGAUGAUGAUAACGAGGAGGAGGAAGAUGGCGAUGAUAGUGAGGAUGAGGAUGAGAAGAAUGAGGACGAUGACAAUGAGGAUGAAGAUGAGGAUGAAGAUGAGGAUGAGGAUGAUGAGGAUGAUGAGGAAGAUAAUGAUGACGAUAACGGUGAUGCCAUUGCAAAAACUGAAGAUGAUAAAGACUCCGUCAACGACGACAACAAAAUCGAGGGUGAUCAGAAGGACAAUGGACAAGAGACCGUCGAUGGCGAUCAGUUGAGCGGUGAAGUCGAGGAGGGUGGACACGGGGACGACCAGGACGGGCUGACGUCAAGUGCGGAGGGAGCCGCCUCUGCUGAAGCCACCGAGGGAGCGGCGCAGCCGGCGGCCCCGGAGAGCGGAUCCGCGCCGCCUCAGCCGCCCUCUGAUGCUGCUGCUGCUGAGGUGACAGACGACGAGAGCGGUGUCGCCAGUGACGCCAGUGAUAGUGAUCAGGACACCAACAGUGACUCGCGAUGAAUUUUACCAGUACCAUGCUGCUCUAUCGUCUGUUUUUCUUUCUAUUUUUGAAUAAGGACUCUUCUGAAGGCUG